GCCCUGCGCCGGCGCCUGCUGGAGGAGCCGGAGCUGCAUGGCGCGCUGCGCAGUGACGCCUUCGCCGCGCUCGCCAGCGGCCUGUGGGGCCGGCCCAGCCUUCUCCCCGCGCUGCGCGGCCUGGCCGCCGCCUUCCAGGUGCUGGAGCUGGCCGCCCUCAACCUGCACUUCUUCCCUUUGUGCAAGGAGUUCGGCACCAUCAAGACGUUCUCGGGGGCGUACGUGCACUGUCUGCGGGCAGCGCUGCCGGAGCCGGACCUGGCCAGGAGCUUCCGCCGCCUGGGCUACGAGCGCAGGGACACCCACCACCUGGUGGUGACGCGGCCGCCCCCGGGCGCCGAGCUGCUGCACGCGGCCUGCGGCUUCUUCGCGGCACGGCUGGAGUGCGAGAUCCUGGAGGACGUCCUGCUGCAGCUGGGGCCCUGCUGCGUGUCUGCCGACGACCUGCUCCAGGCGCGCAGAGGCGCCGGCGGCCUGAGUGCCUGCGUGGAGAGGCUGCAGAGACUGGCACGCUGGCCCCGAGGCAGGGAGCUCGGGGUGGCUCCGGCGCCCGGCGGCGAGGCAGACACCGAUCUGUACCGGGACCCCGGGAGCCUGUCCCGCACCCCCGUGGCAGGCCGGCAAAGCUACGAGUGGAGCCCCAAGCUGUGGGGCGAGCCUGCUGGCGGCUAUUACCCCCUGCCGGAGGCUGAGGACCCCGAGCUGGAGCAGGGCCUGGGGGACGGGGCCGACCCGGAGCUGGCUUCCUUCUCCUUCCUGUCGCUGAGGCAGGAGCUGGGCCGCGUCGGCGGCUCGCUGACCCCUGAGAACGCCAGGAGCCGGAGCCCAGCUCCGAGCUGCAGCUACAGCCCCCGCGCCGGGGCCAGCUCCCCGGGCCUCUACCGCGCCGCCGACCGGCCCUUCCAGGCAGCCGAGAACGCGUGGGGGCUGGCCCCCGCCUGCCCGCGGCCGGAGGGCGGGGAGGGGGCAGGGCCGGUGCUGGCGCUGUCUGAGGUGCCGCGGUACCAGCUGCACUUGUGCCUGAGCCAAGGCACCCUGCCCUCCUACUACUGCAGCACCUGCCAGCAGCUGCACGCCCGGGGCUGCGAGGCGCUGCAGGCCUGCUGGGGCGGGCACAGCAUGCAGGAGCUCUCUUCCUUCCUGGAGCUGAGCUGA